AAAGUAGUAAAACCUUCAACAAGCAAAGUCGUCAUUCGGGAACGAAAGAGAAAAAAAAAAGGGGCUCUUUGCUUUUAUUGUUAUAUGAUUCUGCCCUCCAAAUAAGCGCACCUCUUCAUUGUUGAUAUGCUUAAAAGAUGAGGUGAGGACAAAACACAAUGCUCCAAAUGUUGCAGCGAUGUUGAGUACUACAACAAGCAAACUGAAUGUAUUGGUCAACAAGCUACACGAAUACCUGGCCCAUUCUAUGCAUGAGGAUAGCAACGGAUCAGCUGACUCUGAUGAUGUAACUAUCAGGAAUGGUUCAGUGGAAAACUCAGCAGCCUCUAUGAUGGAGGCGCUUGUGGAGACAAAACUCUCUAGAAGAAAACCUUCUGUUGUUACAAAGCAUUCUGGCUUGGACGAAUCUGCAGACUCAAACGACAGCGACAAUGUAGAUUUCCCCUUCAGUGCAAAUGGCCACCCAGAUGUCACUUGCCUUCCUAAAGGCACUGUUCUUGUCCGACCUGAACCAGUCGAUAAUGGCAGAGAUGACUUCAGGGGUCCGGAGUUUCGCAGCCGGAAAAGUAACGUGCUGCGGAAAGAAUUUUCAAGGAGACGAGGAGGGGGCCAACAUUUGGAAAUUGUCAGUUGCACUGCCUGUGGCCGUCAGGUUAACCACUUCCAGAGAGACUCCCUUAUUCGCCAUCCAGUUCUCAAAGUACUCAUUUGCAAGUCAUGCUACAAAUAUUACUCAAGUGAUGACAUCAGCAAAGAUGGCGAUGGGAUGGAUGAGCAGUGUCGUUGGUGCGCAGAAGGGGGCAACCUCAUCUGCUGUGAUUUCUGCAGCAAUGCCUUUUGCAAGAAGUGCAUUCUGAGAAAUUUGGGACGAAAGGAACUCUCUGGUAUCUUGGAGAGCAAAUGGUACUGCUAUGUGUGUAACCCUGAGCCCCUUUUUGGCCUGGUGAUGGCCUGUGACAGCGUGCUGGAGAACAUGGAGGAUCUGUGGCAACAGCACCGCAAAAGAAACCGAGCCGAGACGGGGAAAUCCGAGCUUUAUGGCAUGCUGCCUCAACCGCAAAUCCUUCCCUUUGCUAACUGGGAUCACAACGGCAUGGAUAGUAGUGUUGUGUUCAACUACAACACUUUAAAUGUCUCCAAGGAUAUGACUGCAAAGGUCAAACAUUUAGUGGACUCUACAAACAAGGUAAACACGAACUUUAUUUAUUUCAUUCAUACUGCGACAAAGACGAAACAAGGUGUUCGAAGCCUCUACUUGAAGUCAUAUUUGACAGUGGUGAAAUCCAUCCGAUUGUCACUUGCGGCACUCGAGGAAAGCCUUAAAGAAGAGUUCAGCGACUUGGACGUCUCCAGCUGUUGGGAGGAGUUACUUAGCAAUGACUUUGUGCCCCAACCUACCAUCGAAGCGGACCCGAAGAUCUCCAGCGAUUUAAACGUACAUACGUUGCCGAAGCCGUCAGAUGAAUAUGUGGAAAAGGGAGUCCUCGCUGAUGUUGUAAGCACAAGUGAAGGCGUGAACUCGCCUUUACCCAAUGCUGGACAGACUCUGCAGACAGUGGACCCACAAUUUCCUCAAAGUAGUCUCAACAUGACCAGAAAGCUAGUUGUCAAACUUACACCAAUGCCUGUGACACCGGAGCCCUGCUCAGAUGCACAGCUUCUUCCGAAAGACACAGCGGAAGAGAUGUUUCAUGGAAAAGAUGCGCACGGAAAUGAAGAAAUGGUUGUUGCUGAGAGUAAAAUAAGCGUUGACCACCCGAGCACGUCACUCCACCUCGAAGAGGAGCGCGGCAGUCGGAGGUCUCCCCGUGUGAAGACGACACCAUUGCGUCGUCCCAGCGAUGUCAAGGGUAAACAGUCUCUCUCCACAGCAGACAGCGAGAGCGAGUCGGACCCCGAGGCACGGCAGAGUUCAACGGCCGCCCAAUUCUCGGAAGAACAAAGUCCAAGCCAGACCCGAGAUGACUCUGACUCAGAUGAAAUACCCGCGGUGCUUCUUGAGCGAGUAGCUAUGAUUCAAAGCUCCGAUGAGCACCACAGCGACAAUGAUAAUGAUGGCAGUCUAGCGUCUGGCAAAUUGGGCAAGAAGCGUCUCUUCUGGCUCACCAAGAACACCCCGAUUUCGCCAGAGAGGAUUCGCCGCAAACGUAUGCUGCUGGACCGUUCGCCCGAGUCUGAGCCUGUUGCCGUUAAGACUCGAUGGGAAAGGGGGACCGCUUCCUCCAGUGACCAUCAAGAACCGACGACUCCAAUGCAGCACCUGAAGACCUUGAGGUCUACCGGCAAAUCUCAACUUGUCAAGAGCGACACGGAAGGGUUUACUCGACAGCAGGCUAUAGCGGAGGCCAGAAAGCACAAGACUCAUGCUCCCCAGGAAGUAAUGGAGACCACAUCGUCAUCAAGCGAGGACGACCAUGACGAUGACUCUGCCGACAAUCAUAAGAUGAAAGAAAUCACAGAAGAUGCGGCAUUACUGGGACCAGCAGCUUUCCAUCAAUCGUCUGGUGGUGAGGAUCGAGCCAGGCCCACUUGGGCAGCUGGGGAUGACGACGACCCCGAAAAUAGAAUCGCUAAGAAAAUACUUUUGGCCCAAAUCAAUGCCAACAUCUCAUCGCUCGAUGAGUUAUCGUCAGAUGAGGAAACACGGGAUGCCGAGUCUUCUUCUGAGCCUGAAAGGGAAUUUAACCAAUCCAGUGAAGAAUGUGGACAAGAGGACGACGGGGAAAACUUGUCGUCUUCUGACGCUGGCACCGGGGGGCCCAACUUGAGGCAGCACCACUUGCUGCGCCACAAACUCACCUUGGAUGAGAGCACAGGAAGUAACAAGGCAGCAUUGGGGAAUGAAGCAGGAAAGGCAGACAAGAAGAGGAGAGUCACCCCCAAGGAUCUGAGCACUGAUGAUGAGAGCGGAGUUACUGAUAAUAGCUCAUCGGAGCUGGAAGAAUUUGGAGUGAGUGAGGAGCUGAGUGAGAGUCAGGGGGAAGAGAAGCUAGAAAGAUUUGAGGUACCUUGUCCUUCUCUUCUACUUUUUAAAAGAAUCGCUAAGAAAAUACUUUUGGCCCAAAUCAAUGCCAACAUCUCAUCGCUCGAUGAGUUAUCGUCAGAUGAGGAAACACGGGAUGCCGAGUCUUCUUCUGAGCCUGAAAGGGAAUUUAACCAAUCCAGUGAAGAAUGUGGACAAGAGGACGACGGGGAAAACUUGUCGUCUUCUGACGCUGGCACCGGGGGGCCCAACUUGAGGCAGCACCACUUGCUGCGCCACAAACUCACCUUGGAUGAGAGCACAGGAAGUAACAAGGCAGCAUUGGGGAAUGAAGCAGGAAAGGCAGACAAGAAGAGGAGAGUCACCCCCAAGGAUCUGAGCACUGAUGAUGAGAGCGGAGUUACUGAUAAUAGCUCAUCGGAGCUGGAAGAAUUUGGAGUGAGUGAGGAGCUGAGUGAGUCAGAGGAGGAAGAGAAGCUAGAAAGUUCACCCCCUAAAGUCAAGGAGGAGUCCCUUCCGUUUGUUAGCAAGACCGCGAUCACCUGCAUUUUGUUGUCUGACACCAGUGAGGAGAGUGAGCAAGAGACGGCUGAAGGUGAUCUUAGCAACGCUCCAGGCACGCCCAAAGGACGCAAAAAAAUCCGCAGAAUCAUCCAAGAUGACAAUCUCCGGUCUGAGACCCAGGAAGCGCUGCGAGAGGAGGAGGAGCGAUGCAAACGACUGGCAAUUAGGGAGCAGCUGAUGGAGGACCGACGAGAGACAAUCGUCGAUAUGUCUCAAGAGUCUGUCACCACCAAGCUGAUUCUGGAUCAGGAUGAGCAGACCAAGACACCUCUAGUUCAGGUGCACAGGAACCUCGUGAUGAAUCUCAAGCCUCACCAAGUGGACGGAGUCCAGUUCAUUUGGGACAACUGCUGUGAGUCAGUGACGAAGGCCAACUCCUGUCCAGGAUCAGGUUGCAUCCUGGCUCAUUGUAUGGGCCUGGGAAAGACUCUGCAGGUGGUUGCCUUCCUGCACACGGUAUUGCAGUCGAAAAACUUGCACUUUAAAACGGCCUUGGUCGUGUGUCCUCUCAACACUGUGCUCAACUGGGUGAGCGAAUUCAACAAAUGGCAGAAGCAGUUAGGCAAAGAUAUCGUGAAGGUCACCGAGCUGGCCACCAUGAAGAAUUUUGCUGACCGACUCUGCGCGCUGCAGAGCUGGCACACCACCGGAGGCGUGAUGAUUAUAGGCUACGAAAUGUACAGAAACCUCUCAUUGUCCCCCAAACUGGACGAUCAUGCGUUAAAGCAGCAGUUGAAAAACCUACUGGUGGAUCCAGGUCCAGACUUUGUGAUAUGCGACGAGGGGCACAUUCUGCGCAACGACAACUCCAACAUUUCCAAAGCCAUGGGCGCUGUCAAGACGCGGCGGAGAGUGGUGCUAACUGGCACGCCGUUGCAAAACAAUCUGGUGGAGUACCACUGCAUGGUCAACUUCAUCAAAAAGAACCUCCUGGGCUCACUGGGAGAGUUCCGAAACCGCUUUGUCAAUCCCAUCCAGAAUGGCCAGUGCGCCGACUCCACGCCCAGAGAUGUUCGAAUCAUGAAGAGGCGCGCACACGUCCUCCAUGCAAUGCUGAGCGGAUGCGUGCAAAGGAAAGAUUACUCCGAGUUGACUGAGUUUCUGCCUCCCAAGUACGAGUAUGUGGUAGCAGUCAGGGUGUCUCCACUUCAGUAUAAAUUGUACAACCAUUAUCUGCAGCACGUCAGUGGUUUGGGAAACGUUAUCGGCACGGCAAAAAUGAAGAUUGGCGCAAACCUGUUUAAGGAUUUUCAGGUCCUCAGCCGGGUUUGGACUCAUCCUUGGUGCCUUCAACUCAGCUAUAAGGCCAAAGAAAAAAAGCUCAGAAAACAUUUGGAAAAGAACAACGAUACCGGCGCUCCACUCAUGGAAAGCGGACCAAGCAACAGCACCACCAACGAUCCAAACCAAAACGCUUCAACAAAUGUUGCUGAUUCCUCAUCAACAGGCCCGUGCUGGUUCAAAAAUAUGCUGUCUCAACAUGACGCCAAAAUUCUGGAGCACUCGGGCAAGUUGGUGCUCUUAUUUGAGAUCCUGAGGAUGGCUGAAGCCUUGAACGAUAAAGUACUUGUUUUCAGUCAGUCCCUGGUCUCUUUGAACUUGAUUGAGAGUUUCCUGACAGUUUCUCACCGGAGAAGAAAGGACUCAUCGGAAGGUGAGAGAAGCUGGAUUAAAAACUUGGAUUACUAUCGUCUGGAUGGCUCGACCACUGCUGCAUUACGGACAAAAUGGGCUAAUCGUUUCAACAGCAUCACUAAUGCACGCGGCCGGUUGUUUCUCAUCUCGACAAAGGCCGGCUCGCUGGGCAUCAACCUGGUGUCUGCGAACCGGGUGAUCAUCUUUGACGCCUCGUGGAAUCCUUCCUGCGACAUUCAAAGCAUCUACAGAGUGUACCGCUUCGGCCAGAUCAAGCAGGUGUUCGUGUAUCGUUUCUUGGCGCAGGGCACAAUGGAGGAGAAAAUCUAUGAUCGGCAGGUGACGAAGCAAUCUUUGUCCUACCGAGUGGUGGAUCAGCAGCAGAUCGAGAGACACUUCACGCUCUCCGAGCUCACGGAACUUUACACAUUUGAGCCGGACUUGCUGGACGAGCCUCAUUCCAGGACGACAAAGCGGAAGACCUCUGACUUGCCAAAGGAUCAGGUUCUGGCAAUGCUUCUGGAGAAGUGCAAAGACCACAUAGUCAGCUACCACGAGCAUGCGUCUCUGCUGGACCAUAAACAAGAGGAGGAGCUCACUGAAGCAGAACGCAUAGAUGCCUGGGCUGAGUAUCAGGCUGAGUCUCACACAGCCAGUGCCCCAGUGAAAAUCAGUCUGGACACCUUGAACAUGAAGUCCAAUGAAGAGCUGAUGCACUUGCUGAACAAAAGCAGAGCAAAAUUAGCCGCCGCCUUCCAGGCCGUGCAGGCCAUGACGUCACACCCCCUUCAGGAUUACCAGGAAUAUGUGUCACGCCAGAAUCCACAAACGCCCUUGGAACUGAUCAAGAUGAAGGCCAUGCAGUGGAAACAAACUGACACAAAGGAGCUGGAACGGAGAAAGGCCUUUUAUGCCGAAGUUCUUGAAGAGCAGCGAUCACUCACGUUGCACAUCCAGACCAUUUUGUGCGAGCGACGGAAUCAAGAGCUGCAGGGGGCGACCGCUUCUGCUGCAAACCAGCAAACAACAAAUAACUGAAGAGGGGGGGGGGGUCUUGCUGAUGCGCCAGCUUUUUAUCGAAUAUUUAAAUCAUUUCAACUUUUUUGAUUCACCUUCUCUCCAACAAGGAUUUUAAUGUGACCAACUUGGUCAUUUACUUCCAUUUCAUUCAUGAGAUGAUUUCAAUCAUACGUGCCUUAAGGUUUUGGGGGAAAACUCAAGCGCUCCGAUUUUCUCCCACAGCAACAGUAAUAAUUGGCAUCAAUGUCUUUAUUUUGCAUCC